CAAGAAGGCGAUGCAGCCCAAGAUCAGCGUGUUCUUCAAGCGUCAUGCCCGUCCCGAUUCGAGCAGUGGCGACGGCGCGGAUAAGGAAGGAGCCGGCGCGCCGGAGGCGAAGAGGCCCAAGAGCUGCGCGGACGGCAAGGUCCUCAACAAGAAGAGGAACUACGCGCAGUUCCACCUGGAGCUUGGGCAGCCCGAUUUCCUCCUCCACAUGUGCUCGGUUUGCGGCAUGAUGUACGCCCGCGGGAACGACGACGACGAGAAGGUUCACAGGGCGUACCACAAGAGUUACUUCGAGGGCGUCCCGUUCAAGGGUUGGCGCAAUGAGACCGUGGUUGCAAGGUCAGAGGGUGGGGAUCGAAUAAUUCUCGUGGCCGAUGGAAAUUCAUGUGCACGGAACAGCAAGGUACAGGAGGUGAUCAAAGUGGUACAGAAGGAGCUGGGGUUUGGAGAAGGUCAGCUCCUUCAUAAGCUCUGCAAGGUUUAUCUGUUCAUAUCUAGCCAGAGGAUAGUGGGCUGCCUUGUUGCGGAACCAAUAAAAACAGCACAUAAAGUCAUUCCAGGCUCUGCAGAGGAAAAGUGCAGUGAUCUAUCUGUUGAUAAAAUUGAAUCAAGCAAAACAAACCAUACAUUAGAGUUCGGGGAAAUCAGUUUUAAGAGGGAAGUCUUAAAACGGCAUGAUCAUUCAGACAAGAACAAGGAAGAGUACUGCGAUCCUGGUGCUAUAAUUUGUCAAGAGGAAGCUGUUCCUGCACUUUGCGGAUUUCGAGCCAUCUGGGUUGUGCCAUCGCGCAGAAGAAAGCGAAUAGGGUCACAACUAAUGGAUGCUGCUAGGAAAAGUUUCCUCGAAGGUGAGGCUUUGUGCAUCUCACAGUGCGCUUUCUCACCGCCUACUUCCUCUGGGAAGGCGCUGGCACGCAGCUAUUGCAAGACCGGCGCGUUCUUAGUGUACAAGGACCAAGAUGCAUAAUAAGAGAUGCUGCCGAAGAUGUCACGCAUCUGAAACUUCACUUCCCAUUGUAAAGGAUAUAUGUGAAAUAUAAUCAGGGAUGUUCUCCCUGCUUUUAUGUAGUUUAAUAACCAGAAGCAGCGUGUUCUUUUUGCAGGUUAUCUUUGUAUUGACACUUUGGCCUAUCUGAGUCCCAAUCAUCAGUAUUUUCUUCAUAUCGUCUCAAGUUUGUAGCCUCCAAUCUUCCGUAGGGAAGAUAAGGAGGGUGACUGCAAAUGAUAU